CUUCUGGGGAAGUAAACAAGUUUGGAAGGGGAGGGUUAGCUUGCACUGGGAAAACUGUCUUCUAUGCAGUCAGACUUUCCACUACAUAUACUGAACUAUGGCAAAUACACUGGUGUCAGUCGUGACAGUCUCCCCAUUGGGAGACAGUCCAGUUCAGGUUGUCUGUCCCGGGUGUCAUCAGACAGUACUCUCCAAGGUGGACUACUCCUCUGGUUUGCUCACUUACCUUUUCUGUGGAGGACUCUUCUUCUGUGGCUUUGUUUUAGGUUGCUGUCUCAUCCCGUUCUGUGUGGACCGGCUGAAAGAUGCAAAGCACACCUGUCCUACCUGCAAGACUGCCCUUGGCGUGUAUAAACGCCUAUAACCGAUAUUAGUGCUACACCAUAUAGUCUAUUCGAUUAGUCGAUUCAUUGGCAACUAUUUUGAUCACCAAAUAAUUGUAAACUUUUCUAAGCAAAAAAAAACAUACAUUUGCUGAUUACAUGCUUCUUAAAUGUGAAUUUGAUGCUUUUCUUUGCCAUACACGAUAGUACACUGAAUUUGAAGAUGUCACCCUGCGUUGUGGGAAAUUACACAGCCUCAACUGAUGUGGUGUCCUUCUUAGGGUUAAACUUCCAACGCAUCCAUCCGUACACCAGACUGCAGUUUCCUCCUGAAUGAACCACUGUUGCAUUCAGAAAAUGUAAUUAUACAGAAUCUUCCAGUAAUAAAGCUUGCCUCUAA